AUGACAUUUAAUUUAUUCAGCAAUGUUGACUCUUCAAACGAUGAUGAUGAUGUUCGCUAUGAGUUGAUGACAACACGUCUAUUUUUACUUUUGAUGACCGGUGCACUGGCUGUGUUAAUAUUUUACACUGGAUUAUCAUUGCAACAGAAAACUGUCUUCAUCGAUUCACCAUCGCUAGCGACGUAUGAGGCGUUAGACAUAAAGUAUCAUAAUACUCUCACUUGUCCUUGCUCGGAAAUGUCAGUGAAAUAUGCGUCAUUUCUGUCAUUUACACCAACUUAUCAUCAAGUGUGCAACAGUUCGGUCGUUAGUGAUCAAUGGUUUGAUUAUCUUGUUCAUCAAUAUUCGCUUGCCAGCUAUUAUUCAGAAGACCUUCGAACACUUAUUACACCCCAUUUCGUUGUACUCAAAGCAUUCUGUCAGUUAUCUCAAACGACAGUUACCAACGCUGUUGUACAAUUCGAUCAGCGGAUUUUCGUUAGUGCUCAAGUUCUAUCUGAGGACCUGUUUCAACUUCAAGGUCAAUCAUUUAUCAACUUGUUUAAAUCUCAAACGUCCGGCAGCUUUACCAGAUUAUUGGAUUUGAUUAGUAGUAUGACGCAAGGGAACAAUUUGAUACCAAUGUUCGACUCACAUUUUCUUGUUGGUAUGUUUGGGUCCCAAGGUGAAAUACUCCCUUAUAAUGGCGCUUAUGGAGAUGACAACGGUUCGUCGUGCCGUUGUCAAACGUCAUCAAUAUGCACGUCAAAAAUCGGCAUUUAUGACAGCACGAGUGGUGAUUCUUUUUUAUUUACUGUUGACGGAUUCCGAACAGGAUGUUGGCAACUAGAAGCACUUUUCCAAUCGACUCUUGAGUGUUUCUUCAAUCAAACGUGUUUUGAUCGUAUUCAGUCGCUCAUAAAUUCAUCAGUACCGUUAAACGCAACAAUUCUCAACUCGACACUCUUAAUUAACUAUUCAACAACAUCGACUAUCGGAACGAUGGUGAAACAACUGAUGCUCGAACAGUGGAACGCGAGUAUCUCUUACUCACAUUAUUAUAAUGAAUGUAGUCCAAACUAUUGUAUGUACACGUAUACAACACGACUUGAUACAGCCUUUAUGCUUACAAUUAUUCUUAGCCUCGUCGGUGGUUUAUCAAAAGUGCUAAGAGUUGUUACGCCACUCAUAAUUUUGCUUUUUCGUCAAUUGCGUAAUAGAAAGAGUCAAGAAGAUGAAAAACGUAAGAACUAG